AUUAACAAUAUCAGUGAAUGAUACAAAGUUCCAUUUUGAAUUGAUGGGUAGACCUAUAGUAGCUACAGGACAGCAGUUUAAGCUUAACGCUACAGUCUGGGAUUUGGGAGUAAUGGUCAUUUAAAUGACUGAACCAUUGAUUCGAUUGUUGGAUAAUAUCAUGUAAAAAUGUACACCAAGGUAAUUCUUUGUCAUGCGUCAUUUUAAGACGAUCAGAUGGCGACAGGAGUCUCAGCAAGCUCAGGCAGCCAGGGAAGACCAGUCUAUGACGGAGGGAUACAGUGGUGACGGUUCUACAGAGUCACAUGAAUAAGGCAACCCCUUGAUGACAAAAACCCUUGACUUGUAGGCACCUCCACAGCAGAGUUCAUCCCUCUGCCCCAGCCUGUCUUUGAUAACUGUAAUCAUUUUGUUAAGUGAAUUGCCCUCCCCCUCCACCUGAAGGCGACUUCCUGCCCAAAAUGCCUCUUGUCCCAUCCUUCCUCCUCCUGCUCCUCGCCUGCCCUGCCCUCCUGACCCUAUCAGGUUCCCAGAGCCUGCAGACUGGGGGUCAAAGGGCACCCAGGAACACAAAGCCAGAGGGUGGCGGGCAGCCAAUCAAAGUGGUGAUCUCUGAGACAUGUGUUCAGGGGGACUCCAGUCAGAACCAGGGAAAGGAACUGGACCUUGAGCCUGGUUCGCCUCUAGUCCUUACCCAUCGGAUCCGACUGGUUCCGGGGUCGUGCGGAGGCGGAUGCGAAGCCGAGUUUGCUGCCCUGCGAGACCGUCUGGAGAGGCUGGAGAAGGAGGUGUCUGCCCUGAGGGAGAAGUGUGGAGGCCCAGAGGGGGGCUGCUGCACGUCCCAGCAGAGCAAAGGCACUGAGUGCUCCAUCAAGCCGGAGGGAGACGAGUGUCCUAACGAGUGCAGUGACCAGGGACGCUGUGAGGAUGGCAAGUGUGUCUGCUUCCCAGGGUUCAGUGGGCCAGACUGCAGUUUGUCUGACUGCCCCGGCAACUGCAAUGACAAGGGGAAGUGUGUGAACGGCCAGUGUGUGUGCGACCCAGGUUUCACAGGACCAGACUGCUCUUCAGAGUCCUGUCCUGGUAACUGUAACAACAAGGGGCGUUGCGAGAACGGCCAGUGUGUGUGCAACACUGGCUUCACAGGGCCUGACUGCUCCACCAAGGCAUGCCCUGGUAACUGUAACAACAAGGGGCGAUGUGUGUACGGCAAGUGUGUGUGCAACACUGGCUUCACAGGCCCUGACUGCUCCACCAAGGCAUGCCCUGGUAACUGUAACAACAAGGGGCAAUGUGUGAACGGCAAGUGUGUGUGCAACACUGGCUUCACAGGGCCUGACUGCUCCACCAAGACAUGCCCUGGUAACUGUAACAACAAGGGGCAAUGUGUGAACGGCAAGUGUGUGUGUGAUAGCAGUUUUACAGGGCCUGACUGUUCUACCAAGUCCUGCCCUGGCAACUGCAGCAACCGUGGAAAGUGUGUGAACGGCCAGUGUGUCUGCGAUAGCGGCUUUACGGGGCCAGACUGUUCCGCCAAAGCAUGUCCCAAUAACUGCAGCAACAAGGGAAGGUGCGUGAACGGGAAGUGCGUGUGUGAAGUGGGCUUCAGCGGACAGGACUGCGCCGCUAAGAGCUGUCCCGAUAACUGCAGCAACAAAGGGCGCUGUGUGAAGGGGAGGUGUGUGUGUCGCCGUGGUUUCGCCGUCCCAGACUGCAGCCAGUGUGAAGCUGGGUUCACUGGAGCUGACUGUGGCACCGCCAUGUCUGGUGUGUCCCAGCUCAACACCAAGGACGUCACUGAAUCCUCUGUCACCCUCUUCUGGACCCCACCUCCAGUCCAGUAUGACACCUACCACGUCACCUUCGCCAGCCAGAAAGAGGGCGAUCAACAGAUAACAUCUCAGGUUGGAGGCAAGCUCACGGCCUACACCCAAACAGGCCUGGCGGCCGGGCAGGCGUACACGGUGACAAUCAAUGGAGAAAUAGAUGGGAGAAUGGGCGCUGAGAGCACAGCAGAAUUCACCACUCUCAUCUCUGGUCCCACAAACCUUCGAGUUGUGAAGACAACCACAACAUCUGCCGUUGUCCAAUGGGAACAAUCGCAAGGAGACAUCGACAGGUAUCGCUUAACUGUUACACCCAAUCAGACAGACGGAACAGCCAAGGGAAGACAAGACCUGACCCUGCCCCCUGAGAGGGACUCUGCCCAGAUUGACGGUUUGGACCCGGGACAUUCGUAUGACAUCACAUUAGUGGCUGAAAAAGGCGGGAUCAAGAGCAAGCCAGCAACAGUCCAAGUCACUCCUGGCCCAGAGCUUCCCUCAGGUCUUGUCUUCAGUGAAGUGACUGAGACGUCUCUCUCUGUAUCCUGGACCAAGCCAAAAAGUCCAGUGAGUGGCUUCAAGGUCACCUACACUCACACACAGGAAGGGGAGCCUGUCUCAGUAAUGGUGGACUCUGGGGAUUCCACUCUGGCACUGUCAAAGCUCUCUCCGGGGUCCUCCUAUGAGGUCAGUGUGAUAUCCGUCCUUGGACUGGACGAGAGCGAUGCAAUCAAAGACCUGGUUAUGACACUCCCUGACCCUCCAACGACUCUCCAGGCCAUUAAUGUCACAGACACCAAGGCGUUGCUGCUAUGGCGACCAGCACUGGCAACGGUCGACCGCUACGUCAUAGUUUAUGGCUCUGAAAAAGGGUCAGAUGAUGUGAAGAUCACUGUGUCGGGCAACGCGGCCGAGCAGCAGCUGAAGGACCUGCAGGGCUCCACUAUGUACACCGUCACGGUCACCAGUCAGUUGGGCAACCUGGAUGGCCCUGCCGCCAUCACCGCCUUCACCACCACCACCACCAGUGGAUCUGGGGGAGACGGGGAAGUCCCGCGUGACCUGAAGGCCAGUCAGGUGACUCCUCGCUCAGCGUUGCUGACGUGGAAACCGCCCUCUGCCGCUGUGGGAAGCUACAAGCUGACCUAUCAGACGGAGGGACAGGAGAUGCAGGAGGUUACCAUUGACUCCACAGUAACGGAGUUCAAGUUGACCAGGCUGCAUCCCAUGUCCAAGUACACCGUGCAGCUACAGGGAGAGAGGGGAGGGAGCUAUACUGCUGCAAUUUCCACAGAGUUCACCACAGGGAAUCUCCGGUACCCCUUCCCAAGUGACUGUUCCCAGGAGCUGCUGAACGGGAUGCAUGAGUCUGGAGAGGUGGAGAUCUUCCCCAAUGGAAGGCAGGGAAAACCAGUGUUGGUCUACUGCGACCAGGUGACUGAUGGAGGCGGCUGGACGGUCUUCCAGAGAAGGAUGGAUGGGAAAACUGACUUCUUCCGAGGUUGGGAGAACUACAGCAAAGGAUUUGGAGAACUGAGUGGGGAAUUUUGGCUGGGUAAUGAGAACCUACACAAUCUAACCAGCAUGGCACCGAUGACCCUACGUGUGGACCUCCGUGCAGGGGACGAAUCCGUGUUUGCCAAGUACUCCACGUUCAUGGUGGACACUGUUAGGAGGAACUACGCUCUCAAAGUGUCUGGGUACAUCGGUACAGCAGGUGACUCUAUGAGUUACCACAACGGGCGCAUGUUCUCUACCAGAGACAGAGACCCCGCGCCUUUCAUCACCCGCUGCGCCAUGUCCUAUAGAGGGGGUUGGUGGUAUAAGAACUGCCACCAGGCCAACCUUAAUGGCCUCUACGACACCAGUGUCAAUCACCAGGGUUUGAUCUGGACUGCCUGGAAAGGCAAGGAUUAUUCCGUCCCUUUCACUGAGAUGAAGCUCAGACCAACAUCUUUCACCCCUCCAACUCAGGGGUAAUGACAAAGUGGUGGACAGAAAAUGAGAAGGGGAGAGAGGCACACUUUAUGAACACACACACACACAACCCCUAGGUAACUGCCAAAAUGAAGGAAACACAGAUAGUGUCUUAAUAGGGCGUUGGGGCACCACGAGUCAGAACAGCUUCAAUGCAUCUUGGCAUUGAUUCUACAAGUGUCUGGAACUCUUAUGGAGGGAGGCGACACCAUUCAUCCUCGAGAAAUUCCAGAAUUUGGUGUUUUGUUGAUGGUGGUGGAAAACGCUGUCUCAGGCACCACUUCAGAAACUCCCAUAAGUGUUCAAGUGGGUUGAGAUAUGGCGACUGACACACACACACACACACACACACACA